AUGAGAUUGUACGCAUUAAUUUUCACCCUGGCCGUGGUACACGCGCGCGCCGCCUGUGUCCCGAUCGAAGCGGAAAAACCCCAAGCCGAUGAAAUUAUUAAACACGAAGAGAACAAAGAAAUUGUCGAACAACUGAACAAUGCUGACAAAGUUGAAAACAAUUUACGCAAUAUUCCCGAAAAUAUCCCCGUCGCGAUCGUAGAAGACACAAAACCGGCGCAGGAAAUUAACGAAAACUCUAACGACUACAUACCGAGCGACGAUGAACCGAGCAUUAACAUCAAGCGAGUGGAGAUUGACUUGAAAAACCCGGGACCGCCGCAGCGGCAAGAGCACGAAACCCAAAAUCCAGAAUUUUACGCCGAAAGGAACAACUUGGUGGCGGACAUCAGACAGAAACUUCUAGAUACUGAAAAUAAUGUCAAAAAAAGCGUAUCGGAGGUGAACGAAGGCUUUGAAAACUGGGUCCCGAAUACCGAACACCUAACAGUUAUUCAGAAAGACAUUAAGGAAAUGCAAAACAAGUUUCUCACGCAGGUCUCAAAUCUAAGGCUGACGCUGGAGGGUUAUCUUAGUCCUGAGAGUAUUAAAUCGGAUACAGUGGACACAGAGUAUGUCGCGAAUUUGAGAGACGUCAGGAAUAGGUUGAAAAUAUUAGAAGUCAACUUUAAGGCGGGCGUCGAGACUUUGUCCGAAGGUGUUAAGACCUUAGCAACUGCGAAAGCGGAUGGUGAAAAACCUGCCGAAACGGGCUCACCAAAUCCGGCUCCAGCCAAUCCUUCUGAACCUCCUACUAAUCCAUUUAGUCAGAUGCUCUUACAGCUUUCGAAUGCAAUUGGAGACGCUUUUAACGGUAUGCAGUCUGCUAUACAAUCUAUCACCAACCCUCAGAACCAGACCCCACCAGUCGGGACUCAAUCUGAUGACGCUGCUACCCCCGCCCGGCCUUCCAUGUGGGAGGUUUGGCAAUCGCAGUUUCAAAGUUUUAUAAACCAAUUCAGACCUCAAGUAAGUCCUGCCACAAAUGUUGCCGAAGCCAAACCACAAAACAGUCAACCAGCACAGGCAGUAUCAGCGCCAGCUCAACCAGUCCAGCCGCAACCUGUACAACCACUAGCAGCACAAUCACAAGCUGUACAACCUGAGUCAGUACAGCCUCAACCUGAGUCAGUACAACCUCAACCUGUACAGCCACAGCCAAGUCAAGAAGCACAGUCUGAGCCAGCCGAACCACCUAAGGAAACCCCAGCCUCAACUGCUCAAACUGGUCCCAUCAGAAAAAUCGUUGAAAAUAACCCCUUUGUGAAGGGUAUCGUACAGAGAAUACAGAGCAUAUCAAACCCAGAGAAGCCACGAGAUAAUGUACCAGUACAGCCCCCCAAGUCUGUUAAGCCCGAGGAAUCCGUCAAUGAACCCAUUUCUGCGACAAAAGGUCACGGCGGCGGAGGGAGUCAAGCUGGCGAUAAUAUCGACAGCGGCAGGAUAGCCAUGAGCGUACCCAGCGAAGAGAAGGUCGAAAAAGUUCCACAGAAGUGUGAAAAAGACAAGGAUGUAGAAUUAGCAGACGAGAAGAAGGAGAAUGAAGCCGUGCCUGAUAAGACUGAAUAG